AUGGCUGGCGGCCUCACUCAGACGCAGCCAGCGGCGGCAGUCGCCGCGAGGACGAUGGGCCGCAGGCGGGGCCUGCUGAGCGCCGUGCUGCUCGCGGCGGCCUUCGCCGUGGCGCUCCUGCAGGCCAGCUACGCCUUCGUUGGCGGGGGCACCCAGCUGGCGCCCUUGCGCUCUUCCGGCGUGGAGCACGCGGUCGCCAGGCGGGUGAAGCCCAGGGUCCGCUGGUCCAUCGACCCGGAGCCUUCGAAGAUAACGUUCAAGGGACGCGGAAACCUGGAGCAAUUCAACGAGGACGAUCUGGACGAGGCGGAGCCGGCGACCGCCCGGAUGCCGAUGCCGGACAUUGGCAUCGACCUCGACGGCGACAAGCUGGACAACCUCGAGGAGUGGUACCAGGAGCAGCUCACGGGCGAGGGCGGGAGCCCCGACGGUUUCAUCCGGGACCUCAUCCUGAAGAGCUUCUACGGGCCCUACAAAGCGAAGACUGGCAACCCCACGACUGGCUUUUUCUUGCCCGACUACGUGCAGUACACCGGGGAGCGCGGGCAGCCCUGCGACACCGACUACGAGACCGCCUUCGAGAACAUGAAGGCCAACAUCAAGGAGAACAAGAACUACAUGCUGAAGGACGACGGCGCGGGCUGGACCUGGAUCGUCGCCGGGCAGAACCCCGGUGGCCAGUUCCUCUACACCCAGAAGUCUCCUCCCUUCGGGGAGCGGCCCCUGGCGCUCAUCAAGCAGUCCGACCCUGACGAGUUCUUCGAGAAGGUUGACUGGCACAGGCUCUACACCCGCCUGCACAAGUGGCAAUUGUGGGGCCAGAAGGCCAAGGCCUUCCCGUACCCUGUCAGGGGCAGGCCCGUCCUCUCCUGA